AUGACAGAAGUAGCGAGCUCAGUGGUUCACGAGGUGCUAGGCCGCCGAUUCCUUGAAGUCGAUCAACCAAUCAUCGAUUACAUAAUCAAUGUACUCGCCGACGAAGAUUUUGAUUUCGGCGAUGAAGGUGCAGGCGCUUUCGAUGCCAUCGGUGAACUCCUCGUCGGCGCCGAAUGCGUAUCCGACUUCUCCGAAUGCCGCCUGGUUUGUAGUAAGCUAAGUGAGAAGUUUGGGAAGCAUGGAUUGGUGAAGCCGAAACUGACGGUGCGCAGUCUCACGACUCCGUUUAGAAUGGAUGAUGGAAUGGAUGAGGAAGUAAAGAAGAAGAAGCCGGAGCCGAUUGAAGGUCCUGUGCUUACUGAGCGUGAUAAAAUGAAGAUAGAGAGGAGAAAGAGGAAGGAAGAACGACAACGAGAGGCGCAAUACCAAAUGCAUCUAGCGGAAAUGGAGGCAGUUAGAGCAGGAAUGCCUGUUGCAUGUGUAAAUCAUGAUGGUGUUGGUGGACCAAAUAUUAAGGAUAUCCAUAUGGAAAACUUCAAUAUCUCCGUGGGUGGUCGGGAUCUUAUUGUAGAUGGUUCUGUGACACUUUCUUUUGGAAGGCAUUAUGGGCUUGUUGGAAGAAAUGGUACAGGAAAAACAACUUUCCUUAGGUACAUGGCUAUGCAUGCCAUUGAUGGUAUUCCUCGAAAUUGUCAAAUAUUACAUGUUGAGCAAGAAGUGGUUGGUGAUGAUACAUCAGCAUUGCAAUGUGUUCUGAACUCUGAUAUCGAGCGAACCCAGCUUUUGGAAGAAGAAGUUCGUCUACUUGCACAACAGAGAGACUUCGAGUUUGAUGAUGCAGCUGAAAACAGCAAAAGGGAUCAGAAUGGGACAGUUGAUAAAGAUGCUAUUUCAAAAAGGCUAGAGGAAAUAUAUAAAAGGCUUGAGUUAAUUGAUGCAUAUUCUGCAGAAGCCCGUGCUGCUUCCAUUCUUGCGGGUCUCAGUUUCUCCCCAGAAAUGCAGAAGAAGGCAACCAAAACCUUUUCCGGAGGAUGGCGAAUGAGAAUAGCUCUUGCUCGUGCCCUGUUUAUAGAGCCUGAUGUAUUGCUGCUUGAUGAACCUACGAAUCAUCUUGAUCUCCAUGCUGUCUUGUGGCUGGAAAGUUACUUGGUGAAGUGGCCAAAAACAUUUAUUGUUGUUUCCCAUGCUAGAGAAUUCUUGAACACGGUGGUCACUGAUAUUCUCCAUUUACAAGGGCAAAAAUUGACCUCUUACAAAGGUGAUUAUGAUACGUUUGAGAGGACACGGGAAGAGCUAAUUAAGAACCAACAGAAGGCAGUUGAGGCAAAUGAAAGAUCAAGAGCCCAUAUGCAGUCCUUUAUUGACAAGUUCCGUUACAACGCAAAGAGGGCAUCUCUUGUCCAGUCAAGAAUCAAGGCACUGGAACGAUUAGGUCAUAUGGAUGAAAUUGUUAAUGACCCUGACUAUAAAUUUGAGUUUCCAACUCCAGACGAUAAGCCUGGGGCCCCUAUAAUAAGUUUCAGUGAUGCAUCAUUUGGUUAUCCUGGGGGCCCCAUAAUGUUCAAGAACUUGAAUUUUGGGAUUGAUUUGGAAAGCCGCAUAGCAAUGGUUGGACCAAAUGGCAUUGGCAAAUCAACAAUUCUAAAACUAAUAGCAGGGGAACUACAACCAACCUCUGGUACAGUGUUUCGUUCUGCGAAGGUCCGUAUUGCUGUGUUUAGUCAGCACCAUGUUGACGGGCUGGAUCUAUCUUCUAAUCCCCUUUUGUAUAUGAUGCGUUGCUUCCCAGGAGUGCCUGAGCAAAAACUCCGAUCUCACUUGGGUUCUUUUGGUGUUACUGGAAAUCUUGCACUUCAACCAAUGUACACCUUGUCUGGUGGUCAGAAAAGCAGGGUUGCAUUUGCAAAGAUAACUUUCAAGAAACCACACAUAAUACUGCUUGAUGAGCCAUCCAAUCAUCUUGAUUUGGAUGCUGUGGAGGCACUAAUCCAAGGCCUUGUUUUGUUCCAAGGAGGGAUUCUCAUGGUCAGUCAUGAUGAGCAUCUAAUUUCUGGAAGUGUGGAUGAACUAUGGGUAGUAUCGCAAGGAAAGGUGACACCUUUCAAUGGGACUUUCCAUGAUUAUAAGAAGAUACUCCAUUCAUCCUGA